AUGGCCGGUAAGCAGACACCAUCUACGCGCCUCCGUUCCAUGAAGCCACCAAGUCGCGCCCCUCAUGGCACCAGCACCACCACGCGCGCGCCCAUCCCCAAACCUAACGCUGAUGCUGAUACUGCCACUACAGACGAAAUUCGGCGUUCUGGCCGCGCCAACAAGGGCCACCACACCAAGAAUCAAGAUGCGCUCGACGAGCCCUCCCCCGCUCCCAAGGCCAAGGCAGCAGCACCAGCACCGCCAGCCUCGGAGACAAAGAAAGGACAGGCGCAUACCAAGAAGGGACAAGCAAAGACACAACAACAGCGGGCACAAUCGACGCAGUCCGCUGAAAACGAUGACGAUGAGGAGGAGGAAGACGCCAUCAUCCGGUGUGUAUGCGGUGACCAGCGCGACAUCCGUGGACGCCAGAUGAUCUGCUGCGACAAAUGCGAGGCCUGGCAACACAACAAGUGCUUGGGCCUACCCGAAGGCGACUUCUGGGAAGGCAAGAACUACUACUGCGAGCAGUGCAAGCCCGAAGAUCAUGUCGAGCUUCUUGCUGCCAUGGCGCGCGGAGAGAGACCAUGGGCGCGCAAGAAGGGCUCCAAGCCGAAGCCCCGCCCCAGCGACGUCAAGCAGGAAGCCGUUUCGGAGAAGGCGAGCACACCGCAGGCCUCGGUGACCCCCUCGCAAACCGUUCCAGCUCCUGUCGAGACUCCCACGUCUCCGCCUGCUCCGGUAGCUGAACCCACACCAGAAGCUUCCAAUGGACAUACAGAGCCCAAGCAGGAAAACAAGAGUCAGCCACAAUCGCCUGUCGGCGAGAAGCGUCGUCACGAGCCUGCCGCCGAAAAGGCCAAUGCCAGCAAGAAGCGUAGAAAGUCCAGUCACCACGAGAGCAAGCCUGCUUCUCAAUCAACUCCAGUUGGUGACAUUGAUGCGCUGCCGCAAAACCAGAAGGCUGUCGCAGAGAAACUUCGUGAUACCCUGGCACCAUUGAUUAGCACCGCCUCCGACUCCAGGGGAUACCGCAUACCUGAUGGCCAGACAGCCAAGUCUCUCGCCACCAAGCUCACUCUUCAAAUGAGCCACGCUGCUUUUGAGCUCUACGGUGAGCCCACGGGUUCAUCUUCGCCAUACUUUAUCAAAAUGCGGGCCAUUAUGUUCAAUGUCAAGAAGAACACGGUCCUUGUAGAUCGCCUCCUAUCUGGAAGUCUGAAGGCCGAUGACCUCGUGAGCAUGGAGGCGGAAGAGAUGGCGAGCGAAGACAAGCAACGCGAGUACGCCGCCAUGCGCGAAGCGGCUGAGAAGCAGAUGAUCUUAACCGAGGAGACUGGACCACGACUACGCAAGACACACAAGGGCGAAGAGCUUGUUGGCGAAGACACCUUCGAGAAUGACCAUGACGACUUCAAGCAGCCCAGUCUUCGCGAGCGCGAGAGCAUCACCGAGGACACAGCUAUGCAGUCACCUAUCGGAACACGCCCACCAGAGAGUCCUGCAGGCGCACGACCAUCUACUGGGAAUGACGCUUCGCAGGCCGAGCAUGCACGACGGGCAUCGGCCAACUUUGACAUCAACUCUGUCUUCGACAAAGUCAGAUCGCCGCAGCAUGAUCAGCAGACAUUCCUUCAGCGUCGCCAGAGUUCGAUGCAUAUGCAAGACAAGCCUCAAGCCGCCGUGGAUGACGCGGACGUUGAUCGUUUGCUCAAAGAUGAGGACAACGAUGUAGAAAUGUCAGGUUAUUCCUCGGACCCGACAGUAUGCUGGCAAGGAUCUAUCAACAUGCAGUCAAUGGAACCCUUUGACGCUGUUGCUAGAUUCGUCGCUGGUGGAGAUUUUGGUCAGAUUGUGCCUUGGGAGAAGCUGCUGACCAACAUUGUGGCGAUUCAAGGACGCAUCGAAAGCACCAAGGGUAACGAUUACAUUCAAAACAUCGGACACACCGAAAGCCAUGAGGUUUCGAUCCUUGCUAUCAGUCCCGUCACCACGGACGGGCGCACGAUCAUGGACCAUCUGUACGAAUACUUCCACUCGCGUGGCAGAUGGGGUGUAGUACCUGUUGAAGGCAACGACAUACUGCGCGACCUCUAUGUCAUUCCUAUCGAAGAGGGUGGCAGCAACCUGCCGCCCUUCAUCGACAUGCUUGAAUACUGCACGAUCGAGACGCCCCGCAAGGAGCACAUGUUGAUACUCGCCAUGGUUGCUAAGCUGCCUGAGGUCAAACCUCAGCUUCCUCCUACCCAACAUUUUGAGCGAUACCCAGAACAGGAUAUCGCAGCCGGUCAAGCUCCUCAGCCCGUUCUCAACAACGGUCCAUCUCCAUUCACCAACCCUCAUGCUCCGCAAAUGUCGCCUGUCAGUGCUGCCUAUCCACAGGGCCAGUACGGUAACCCAUUCGCCGCGCCGCCUGCAAAUAUGGUCCCUAUUCAACAACCGACGCCGCCAAUCAACGCACCGCCACACCAUCAGAUACCCAAGGCACUUGAGAUUCUUGGUCCGUACAUUGAUUCACCUGUCAUCGUUACCAUUCUUGGCUCCAGCCUGUCUCAGAACUCGGCGGUCUCGGAACUACAGAUGCUCAACCUCAGGCACAUUGUCGAAACUGUGCCUGAAGCGCGCGACAACAUAACGGUGCUUACAAACCAUUUGCGCUCAAAGAACGAGUCAAAUGGGCAACAACAGGCACAGCCAUCUGGACCCCCUUAG